AAACAAACCCCCGGUAGAGGCAGACGGUGGUGGCGGUGUCUAGCCUCGGUAUCUUUAGUUGGUAAAUUAACACACCAUACCCGUACCCAUAAGUGCUCCCAACACCUUAAAACAAGUGCUCUCAGGAAAGUGUCGUGUGAGAAAGUGACUGAGAGGAGGGGGGACAUCCAAGCUCAAGCCAAGCCCGUGUAGACAGUGUAAUUGAUCGUGGUGUUGUUAGGUGAAGUGACCAUUACCGUUUCUUAUAACGGUAUAUUAACCUUACCUGUGUGACGUUAACAGUGAACAGUAACCUAGACACCGUAGAUAAGAAAUAACAUUACCAGAAAUUUGAAUCGUUUCUUAGUGGAUAUAAUGAAAGGACUUUAAUGGGUGGUUAUGUUAGGUUAAUUAGUGACUGGAUAGGUUAACUAAUGACACUAAAUUAACUAAUGGUGACUUAUUAUUUACAUGUCAUUUUGUUAACUAAGCUGAAAUUUAAUCUUUUCCUGUGAUGGUUAAUAGAUGAGGCCGUAGUUAACAUUGCAAAAUAGGAAUGUUUGUUUACACUUCUCGAAAGGGCGGGAAAAUCAAGCUACUCAAGACGAAGCUAAAGCAAACGAACUCUAGUGAUCUGAGACUUAUAUAACAAAAAACAUAUAAGUCUUCUGGAAUACUUAAAAUAUUACCCAGAGUUUUUAAGUAUUAUCAGAAUGAAUUAUUUGAGAAUUAUCCUCAAUAUGUGAAGAGGUCAGUGUAAAUGAUAGCGUACGUGUGUGGUAACGAAUAUUGUGGUUUUAAGAGGUAUUUUGGUGUGAGGUAAUUACUAAUGGACAGUUGUAACUAAACGCUGGGUAAUUAUGCCUCACGUGUGUAGCUGUGAUAAAAGAAAACAACUCAAAAAGUGAUUAAAGAUAUUGUGUUGUGUCCCCUCAAGAUGGCGGCCACUAGUUUUGCGUCAACAUGGUGGCUCUCUGUGGGUCUGAAUCACAGCCAGCAGGUGUGAGUGAAUCAAGACCAAGGCGCUGAGUGUUUCCCCCGGAAGGUUGUUUGUUCCUUGUUUGAUCGGUCCCUGGGAGGCGCUAAGGCCAUGGAGACCUCAGUGGAGACCAUCCUGCCCCCCGCCCCCAGCCCCUUCUCCUCCUGUGGCAUCCCCGCCCCGGCACCCCCCACCAGCCUCCACGACGCCCGCCCUGCCUUGUCUCCCAUACAUUUCGAGGUUUCUUCUUCCCCUCAGUCACCCACCUCCUCCACUGCCUCCUUCACCUUCUCCCCGGUAACUCCUUCUAGCUCCUCGAGCGUCUCUUCCACGUGCUUUACCAUCUCCUCCUCUUCCCUCUCUUCCCCUUCCUCCACUUGUGGCGUCUCACAAACUACGUCUACCCAUUCCUUCCCCGUCACCAUCGCCAUCACCAGCAGUAGCUCAGAGAAGGGGCGUGAUGGCCAACAGUGUCACACGGGGUCGUCACGGGCCCAGGAGGAGGAAGCUGGUGGACCUCCCUCAGACUGUGACAGCGAUGUGGUGGAUCUGAUGAAGGUGAUGAAGAGGAAAGAGGCACCACCUGACGCAGACCUCCUACACGAGGACCUCAGCACCACAGAGGACGACGACGAUGAUGAUUUCAUGGUCCAUUUCGCCCACACGGGACGUAAGACUGCGGAGAUGACGUCACAACCCGAACUACUGACGCAGAUAUCGGAGCUGCAGGAGGCGGUGGUGGGGAUGAAGGGGACGUUGACGGAGGCGGUGACGAGGCUGAGCACUGUGGUAGACGACCCCAGCUUGUCUCGGGAGGUGCAGGACGCCCGCCAGAGAUGUGACGACAACACAGCCGAGGUCCUUAAGUUGGUGCUCUCACUCAAGGCUGAUAUCACCUCGCUUCAGAAGGAGGUGUCGUCGGUGAGUGAGCGCCAAGAGACUAUACAGACCUCCAUCAAACAGCUGUUGGACGAACGAAGAUUACUGGUGUCCGACCUUUCCCAGGCUGGCGUCAUCUCCAUCCACACCAGGUCAAAGUUGGAAGGUCGCAGCAAUUCCACAACAGAGGGCGUGGCCACAGCACCUGGUCGCUCAGGCUCGGGCAGCCACAGCAACGAUUCUGGUGUGGCAUUACUGCUGGAGCGCGCCCACCAGGCCUUCACCACAGACCACACACCCUCACCCACACCCACCAAUCAGAGAGCCUCAGACCAGGACUCCCUCCCCGAGCAGCCGUCACUCCUUGUGCCUCCAUCUGUGUACGACUAUGUGGCCGGCCUAAGGUCCCAUGCCCACCCAGUCUCCUCCUCCCAUGCUGUCCCGCCUCACACUGACUCUGCACACAAUAGACAGAGUGUGAGCGCUACUGUAGGUGGGGACAGUGAAGACCUGGGUCUGGUGUAUGACUCGGAUUCAUCACUCACCAUUGCUGCCAACAAAACCAUCAGCCUCAGCACCUCCCUCAGUCAACAGUGUGGUAUUGAACUACGCACAGCCCAUAACGCACCUCCUGCUCACGACCACCACCACUCACACAACCACCAUCACAACCGAUUAGUCACUCACGACCGCUCACACACCCGGUCAGACUCUGAUGGUUCUGAUCAGUCCCGAGAUGCUAAACACCGCCACAGACGCCGCUCUCAUGACCACGCAAGAGAGAGCACUGACCCAUACACAAUGGUGGUGACUCGUGGCCGUAGCCUCCUGACUGACCCCCGUGACCCACGAGAGGCCCAGCGGUACCGCGUGGCUCGGGAGUUGCUGGACACAGAGAAGAAAUACUGCAAGACACUGUGGACUAUCCAGGACACCUUUGCUGACCCACUCAAGAAGGCAGGGAUACUGUCUCACAAAGAUAUAACCACCCUGUUCCCUGAGGAGGUUUACCAGCUGUACGACAAGCACUGCCUACUCCAGCAUCAGUUGAGGGAGCGUCUUGCCUCCUGGAAGUGGCAGCCAUUGGUGGGCGAUAUAGUCUCUCGAUUCACCGAUCCUCGACACACAGACGUCCUCCGUCUCUACACCGCCUACGUCAAUGACUUCCCGGAGGUGCUCAAAACGUUCCACAAACUGUGUCGUACAUCUCAGCCCUUCACUAAGUUUAUCAAGGGAUGCUUAGAGCAGCCAGCGUGUGGAGGGCUAGACCUCGGGGCAUUCCUAUUGACCCCUGUCCAGCGUGUACCUCGAUACAUCCUCCUGAUGAAGCAGCUGUUGAAGUACACAGACUCCCAACACCCGGACUACCAGCACUUACACUCGUGUCUCGACCGUCUGAGGGACUUCCUGGCACGGCUUAAUGACUCCAUGGAGCAUUCCUUCCAGCUAGUUCAUGCCCAACUCUCCCCUCAUGGACCCAUGCCCGGCUCUUCACACCACCACCCUCCCCCUCCACCACCUCCUUCAGCCCAUCACAGGUCCAGUAAUACUUCUGCAUAUCUUUCCAAAAGGCCCGGACGCUCACCACGAAGAUCAUGUUCCUCCAUAGGCAGCCCACCCGUCAGCCCCAGUAGCCCCACAUAUAGCCCUGAUAGAACAAGUCUUGGGUGCAGCCCAGAGAGACAACACCAUUCACCAAGCUGCUCUCAGUCUAUAGGAAGUCCACAACGAUCACACAGUAGUGCCACACAGCCAUCUUGUCGUCCAAGGUCUGUAUUCUUAGAUACCAGGUCUUCGUCUCUCCCUCGGGGGUCGGCCAGCUCCAGCAGUGGAUCAAGGGAAAGUGCCCCUUCACCGAGCAAUGAGUUCCCGCGCAUAAGGUCUCGCAGUGAGAGUGUUGCCUCACGACGGCCACUUCCAUCCCACACCCACCACCUGGCACAGACUCUAGUCACCCAAGAUGGACCUCGACCACUAGUUCCAGCUCAUUCUGUGGUGGAUGUGACAGUCCACAGCAGCCCCAGCCAUGAGUCAGGGCAUUGGGAGGACCUAGCAGCAAGUGAACCCUCUCUGAAUGACCCUCGUCCAACUCACAACAUUUCCAGUGAUACCAGCAGGCCAUUAACUACUCAUGCACUCACCUCUGCUCACAGUGUACACAAUGUGGAUGGACAGCAGAAGUUGUCAACGCCCACCUGGACAGAAUCCUCCCAUCCAGAUGACCCUCGUGGAAAGAAAAAGUCAUCCAUCCGCACCUCCCUCAAGAACAUGUUCACCUUCAAGAAGAGCCGGCCGCCCCGUGCUCACCACCAUCACCACUACCACCACAGCCACCACCACCACCACCAUCAACCGUCACUAAGGGCGGGGGCCAGAGGGCGUGAGGAGGGGGACUACUGGGAAGCACCGCCAGCAGCUGAGUCUGUCUCCACCACCACCCAGCAACCCUCACUCUCAGUGGUGGGUGACUUUGUGGAUGAAGAUGGAAACCCUUGCUCCAAUGUCUGACUUGAUACACAUGACCAAAGCUGACAUUAUUUGACCUGGUGUAGAAGCAGCUACUGAGCCAGAAACUUCAUGACUUAGGUCUACCCAGUGACUUCUUUAUGACCUGUGUUAACCAGUGCUGUAUAUCAUUAUUAAAGAUAUGUAAAUAGCUUAGCCUGAUUCUCUGACACAUAAGUGACCUUGAGUAAGACUUGCAGUAACCUAGUGUGACUUACAAUGUGUAGCUGUGACUCUUUGCUUGGCCUCUUCAGUUAUUUGUGAUGUAUAAAUAAAGCUUCUCUUUGGAUUAAUUUCCAAAUGAUAUCUUGGUCGGCAAAUACUGUACUAGGCUGAAGAGACGGCCAUUCUUCAUUACUGUCAAGAUGAAGAACAAAUUCUUUUGUGUAAAGCUUUUGCCUGUCCACUUAGUGAAAUGCUACAACCCAACAUGCUUUAUAAAUACAGUGAUUCAGUGUAGUACAGUAUUAAAAUUUACUGUAAAUGAAAAUGCCCCCAAUGUGUUACAAAAUGUAAUUAGAAAGUGAUGAGGAAUUCAGUACAGUACUGUACUAUUAAUGCUUCUGCAAGUUUUCAGUUAAAGAGAGUUCAGCAAGAUCACUCCGUCCAGUACUGUGAAGCAGCUUAAGAAAUAUUGUGUUUAUUUAUUAUGAAUUUUAGUGUUCACUCAUGAGAGUCUGGAGUGUUUGUGAGAUGUUUCUGCUUUGACGUAAAUAACCUGACACUACUCCUUGUGCUAUAUCUGGUUGGUGUCAAUUCUUCAUGAGUAAAGUUACAAGACAUGUUUAUUCAUGACCAUCUGAGAAUCUCACAUUGUGUGUAAAUAUGUGAAUAGAAAAAGCCUCGCCACAGCUUCAUAGGUUUGUUGGGACGCCCAGACAAUAUGUACAAGUAGUUGGGUGAUGGCACAAAGCCUAUUAUUGUAUAUACAGUGCAGUGUUCUAUGAUGUAAGAUACUGUACUGUACCACAAUAACUCUGUUGCCAGUUAUGCAUGGGUUAGUGUUGAAUAUACAAGUUUAUGUAGAUAUACCCAUCUUAAUAGUGAGCUUCAUAUAACUAGACUCUGUAUGGGCCAUAAAGUGGUAAUGUUCAGCUAGUUCCCCUAGUAUAGUAUACAGUACAGUAUAGAGGUUUGAGGUAGUAGUUGCAGCUCACUGGUGACAACUGUUGCUAGGGCUGAAGAAACUCAUUUUAGUAGUGUGAUAAUUUUCAGUUAUGAGAUAAACAGUGGCAUUGGGAGACCUUACAUGUGCGUAGGUUGCCAUAUUGGAUGUCAAGUAGACAGCUUUAGUAAUAAUUGUCUUGGUCAUGAUGUCACUAUCAACUCUCAGUGUUGAACAAUCCAUUUAUUUUAUAUCUAACUAAUCAUCUAAUUCUUCAGAAGCUGACUCUUAAAUUAACUUAUAAAUUCCUCCUGUAUCGCAUCUUGGAGGCACCAAUGACCUUACCUCAUAGCUUGGAAUAACUGACAAAAAAGAGAGAACUUUUACACAUUGGUACACUAUGAUCUACAGUACUGUACGUAUAAUAGUAUUAAUAAUUUCAUGAGACCAGACAUAACCCACAAAUCUUCAUCUCAUUCUUGUUAAUCUCUUAGUUUUUUAUGGGUUAUGCAUAAACUAAACAGUAAAACAAACUCAGACUACUGCAGUAAAAUAUGAUACAGGUACUAAUAAUACUCUCAUGUCAAGACCUUAGUACAGUACUGUACCAUUGUUCUUCAAGCCCGGCCAUCAUGAAACACUGCCCACUGACAAAACUGAGAUAACUGAAUAAUGAUGAUGUCGACUUACUCUGGGGUCAGUUUAAUUUUUCCCACAUUUAAGUUAAAGAAAGUUAAAGUACUUUACUGUUAAGUCCUAUAAGCCUGUCAGACGCACUAGGGUGGGUGUUGGGUCAGAAAAUGAACUUUGUAUCCUCUCAGCCACUGCACCCCAACAUAGAUUAAGAAGUAUGAUAAAAAAGAGAGCAGUAGUAAUACAGUACAUGUUAAUGGAGUUCAUUGGUACAGUUGCGGAAAUGUGUUCCUACACCCUCUAUGGUAACCCGUGUCACCAAACGGCCAAACUAUAUGACCUACAGCAUCCCUACCCACCAAUCAUGUCUGCCGUUACAUGACCAAUACCCAUUCAGUCAAAAAUUAUGAUAAUACAACUGCGACGGUGCCAUUUGAAGACACGGGUUACCACGGGGUGAAGGAACACAUUUCCUCAACUGUACACCAGACAUGAUAAUAAAUUUGUAACAUUGUUUAUGCGAUUGAGUUGUUAGCACCUGAGUGAUCCAAGGUACCAGGUGUUUUUCCCAGUGGCUUCAUUUUACAGAGGUUUACAAGGCUCACACACUUGUAUACGUUGUCUUCCUCACCUUGCCGCUCACUCUGCUUGACAUCCAAUAUGGUGAUCAGAAUAAAGUGUGGCAUUCUCUAGUUUCAUAAGCCUGAAUUUGAAGGUGUUGUAAGGUUAUAAGAGGGGGAGGUAUUAACAGUACAAGAGACAUAAACCUUAGGGACUAAUACAGUGACAGGUGUUAAUUAUGAUGUACAAACUCAUCUCUUAACCUGAGCCGUUCCUUGGAAAUAUUUAACUCAUAUAUUGCCAAGUUUAUAUAUGACAUUAUGGACAGGGGCACACUCUUAAAUUAAUUGGCUCAUUAUUAACUACAGUAUGUUCCAAUAACUUCACUCAGUUCAGGAAGUGUACCACUUAUAAACAGAACUGUACUACCCAUUUCGGAAGUCAUUCAUUACAGAACUGAUGUAAUCAGUGUAGACUUGACAAAGUUCUCACGAGAAACAGUAUGUUAUCCCUCUGCUCCAAAACAUCAACCUUACAAACAAUAAAUUAGUCAUUAGUCAUACAGUAGGUAAAUAAGAGUUUACCUGAGGGUUCAGAUAAACAUGCUGGUAAGGGUGUUACAGGUGUCUUAUACUAUUAGUAUUACUACAUUAUGAAUUUAAGUUUGCCCAGUUUUUGUUCUCAGUGAUGGUGAGGAUGUGGCAGUAUUACCCAAGGUCUUGUAGAGUAGUGCCAGGUGGGCUGGUAAGGGCAAGAUAUCGGUGAGGAUGGAGUAAAUCCGGUUUACUUCUGAUGAAUCAACACAAUGGAUUGAUCUUUUAAAACAUUCCAAACAUUUAAUUGUUUGUGGUGCUGUAUUGUAUAAGUGUAAUUUAUAAUAUGAUUUUUUUACAUGUGUGUUACAGUUUGUGGUUCAUGUGGGCAUUGAAGUGACUUACUUGAGAUUGUUCUCAGCAUUAUUAAUCAUUCCAUAUUGUAAUAUCAUAAGGUUUAUUGCUUAAGAAUUAUAUGAUUAUAGUCUGUAAUGAAGUGCCUGAGCUAUUACAAAUGCACAGCAAUAAUGAAAUCAGAAAAUGUAUUGUAGUUAUUGUUUGAGUUGUGUCAUUGUUAAUCUUCAUAUUGUGGCAAUUUUUUUCUAAACUGUUGUCUUUGUGUUAUGAGAAUGUCAUGAAUGUAUGCACAAUACAGAGAUGUGCCAGAACUACUGUAAGCACAAGGAGAUCCUCGGCCAAUCUUGGUGAAUACUGACUGGCCGAGGUCACUCACAAGUCGACCAGCGUGCCAAACUUGUCUCCACCCCCACCACGCUCCCUCACUGACCCCACCAUGGCUCACACCCAACUUCCUCACACACACACACACACACACACACACUGUAAAUUCUCCCAUCUUGUUAGAAAUGGUAAAAUAAUGAAAUCUGAUUC